GCUUUUUGACUUUUUUGUAAUAGUUGGAAUUGUGUUACUGUCAACCGGACAGCAUCCAUCAUUAUUCAUUACAAUUAAUUUUCCAUAAAAUAUUAAAAUAAGAAGUCGCGAAUUAAAGCAUUUAAUUUUUAAUAGAAUAUUUAAAUUACUAGCAGUCGUUAUUGAAUAUUAAAAGGAAAAGCUUGAGGCAAAGUAUGAGCAAAAGAAUUACUUCAGUUCUGCUCAUGCUUGCAUAUAAGACUAAUAUAUUAAUAUUGUCCGCAAUAAUGAGGUACGCUAUAAUGAAAAGAUCUCUUCGCUUUUUAACCUUGAUGAGAUUGUGGCCAAAAGCAGAAGGUGAUGACUCACAAAUUCUGGGGUGCUUCAUUCUCCUUUCAAGUUCUAUUCUUUUAUUUGGAAGCCUUGGUUACUUGGUGGUUUAUGGAAAAUUUGGGACAAACGAUAUAGAUGCCAUUGAAACGACAACUAGUCAAUUUGGAGUGAUAUAUUUUGUAGUUUGUUUUAUGGUGAAACGUAAUGAAGUGAUCCGCAUUGUAGACUUGCUGUCUGAUUUUUCAACAUUUGGAUUACCGCGCUUUUUUGACGAACGUAUUAGAAAACUUAAUUUUCUUUUAUUGUACUGUAUUAUCAUUCUAACUAUUGCCACUGGUGGUGUUUUUAUUUGCCCAAUUAUUUUUUCACAAUCUUGUGAAAAGGUCAACCAAGAAAUGAACCGAACGAAAGUUUGUGGACUGGUGACUAACAUUUGGGCCCCUUUCUCCUACAGUGAAUAUCCGAUGAAGCAAGUGGUUAUAUUUUUGGAGAGUUAUUGUUGUUUCGUAAAUCUGGGAUGCGCGGGUUUUGUGUCGUUCAUCUAUGUUGAAUCAAUGGAACAUCUGAUUAUAAGAAUCGAACAAUUGAAAGAUUUGUUCUCAGAUAUUGCUAAUGAGGACGAUAUCGCAAUUAGGCAGCACAAAUUGAAAGAGUGGGUGGAAUAUCAUUUGCUCAUUUUCGAGAUUGGGAAAAUGAUGAGUGACACAUAUCGCUAUAGUUUAUCAGUUAUUGUUUUCUGUGCUGGUAUUCUUUUUGGUUGUAUUGGGGUUUCUACGAUGCAGUUCGUCGAGUCAUCUAUAUUCAUCAGUAUUCCUCUUCUUGGGAUGGUUCCAAUCUACUGCUAUCUUAUGUGUGACGUCUCAAUCUUUGCUUGAUGCGUGUUUAUCUGUUGGAGAUAAGGUUUACGACAGCACAUGGUACGAAAAAGACGUUGAUUUUCAAAAGGCUGUACUUAUGAUUAUUAUUCGAGCUCGGACACCCAUUUAUAUUUAUGCUGGACCGUUUUCUUAUAUGUC